AUGGCGUCGUCGCGCAUUCUCAGGUUUCCCCGUGGUGACGAUGAGUCCGGAUGCGUUAUCGUACAAGUCACAUCUGCAGGCCGAAAGCCGUUGGAUCUCAAUCUAGCUGCCACGGAGGGAUGUGCACCUUAUGUUUGCAAGUUGAAGCACGAUCGAGUGACCUCCCUUCGAGCCCCAGCUUGCCCGGUGUCGGAGAAGGAGUGGGAGGACAUCCUUGAGGCCGUGCUUCAAGAUGGACUGGUGGGUGAUGUGCAACCUACGGCCAUUGUUGAUCCCGAAUCGACGAUAUCCCUCACGAUUCGCAGACAAGUGCAGGGAAUCACCCAACGGCUUGGUGCCAUCACUUUGAAGUGCAACCAGGACGAGCAACUUGAUCUGUUUCAAUGGUGCGGCUGGUCCCUUAAAGCACUGGCCAAGAGCAAGCAGGAAACCGCGCUCUCCUCCAGAGGGGCACAAGAACUAGAGGGUGCUGUGAUGAGCCUCCAAGCUGAACUUGACGAUCUGAUAAAGGCCAAGGCCGAAGACGAAUCGGCCUUGCUUCAAAAGUUUUGCCUGCUUCUCAACGAGAAAAAAGCAAAGAUUCGCGAGCAGAAACAGAUUAUCGACAACUAUGCAUCGACCGCCGGCGCAGUAUUGUCCUCGUCACAGCCGCCGGCACAGCGAGGUGCUUCCCAAGCGGCGCGGGAGCCUGCAGCAUCUCGUUCUUCGAAGAGGAAAGUAGGGUCGAUCCGUUUUGAAGCGGAGGAGGACGAAGUCGGUGAGGAUAUUGUGAAGGACGCCUUCGUCAAGGGCGAGGAAGAGGAUACAGAUCCUGGGGAAAGCAGCGAAGUAGAUACGGUCUCCACUGCUGCUGCAGAUGAAGAUGAUGACGAUGACGAAACAUACAACUCGCGCCGCGAUGGCGAAGACACCACAAGCAGCAAGCGACCUGGAUCGCCACCACCGAAGGAGCUUUCCAAGGAGGCGAAAGCUUCUCCACCCCCUCGGCGACAUUUACCGUUCGAGAAAAAUGGAAGGGGCAAGGCAUCGUUGCCGGCACCAGCGGAGGAUACGGACUCAGAUGAUGAGCUGUGA